AUCUCGUCGAUUAUUUUGACAAUAAAUUGUUAAACUGAAUGUCUUUAUGUUAUUGACUCUCAGGAUUCGAAUUAAUAACAUUAAAACAUAGAUAGCCGGUAACGAGAGUUAUACAGUAUGAUAAUGUUUAAUUGAAGUACCAGGUUUAUUUCAUAAACAAGUUCGUUUUGUUGUUAAAAUGGAUUCUGUAAGUGUAGAUCAAAGUUUCUCGACAAAAACAGAUGAUAAAGUGAAGACAGAGGACUUUAUUGAAAUCGAGAUACCCUUUAAUUUAUAUGAGUACCUUAGUUCAGAACACUGCAAUGUACAAAACAUGUGUCGAAUAUGUCUGUCUACACAAAACGAGGUUCUUUACCCAUUGCUGGCCACCAAAGAGAAUUCUAUUCUAGCUCAUAUGUUUGUUGACCUCACCAAUAUACAAUUGUUAGCCGAAGAUGGCCUACCAACCAGUAUAUGUGAGCCAUGUCAAUCACAAAUGGUGCUUUGCUAUGAAUUCAAGACCAAGUGUGAGAAGUCCAACUGUAUGCUAAAAUCUUUACUGAAAGGAGAUUUAUUUGCCAAAGAUGAAAUUAGUGAUCAAGAUGUGACUUUAAAGGAAGACGAAAUUCAAGAAAGUAAUCAUUUAAAUGAAGGUGAUAAUAUUAACAGUGAUUUAAAAAACGAAACAGAUUUAGUUGAAGAUGUGCAAUAUUUAGAAGAUCUAAGUGAUGGCAGUGAAAAUGAUAACCUAUUUAUAGUACAAAUGAAAAAUACCAAAAAGAGAACAAAGUCACGAAAACGUAGUGAUGAUCCUAAUGGUCUGCUUAUGAGAGCACCCAAAAGAAAGACACAACGAAAAACUAAAGAACGGAAAGCCAAGCAAUUAUCUUGCUUAUCUUGUUCUAAGGUAUUCCUAAAAAUCUCAGCAUUCCAAGAGCAUAUGAAAACUCGUCACCCGAAUGUGAACUGCCCUCACAUCUGUGUACACUGCUCAGAGCCAUUUAACUCGGAGCAUGACCUCAAAGUGCACUCAGUGCUACACUCAAAGGGCAAUCCUUGGAAGUGCAAUACAUGUGCAAAAGAAUUUACGGUGAGAUCGACCCUCCGCCGCCACAUCCAGCGUCACAUGCAGUCCAAGCGCUACUCGUGCGACAUCUGCAGCAAGUCCUUCACGGAGAUGUACGCGCUGCGGCGACACGUGCGCGUACACACCGGCGAACACGUCGAGAAGAAACAUGCCUGCCAUAUAUGUGAUAAGAGGUACAGCGAGGCGGGGCUGCUGGCGGCGCACGUGCGGCGUCACGGCGGGCUGCGGCCGUGCGAGUGCGGCGCCUGCGGGAAGCGCUUCCCCAGCGCGCGCCUGCUCGCCAGCCACACGCUCGUGCACGACGACGCCAAGCCCUACGCCUGCCGCUACUGCGACAAACGGUUCCGGCACGAGUCGACGCGCAACACGCACCAUCGCACGCACACUGGCGAGAAGCCAUACGUGUGCUCUACAUGCGGGAAGAGCUUUAUACAGAACUCUAACCUCACUCUGCAUAUGCGGACACAUACCGGUGAACGACCAUACGCGUGUACGCAAUGCGAUCGAAAGUUCACAUCGGGAUCUUCUCUGAAAACUCACGAACGAAUACACUCCGGGGAGAGACCGUACAGCUGCAACAUUUGUGGGAAACGAUUCUCUCGCAAGAACCUGAGCGCUCAUAUGCGUCACCACACUGGCGAACGUCCGUUUGAGUGCAGUGUUUGUCCCAAGAAGUUCGCGAACGCCACGCGCCUCAGAGACCAUCAUCGCGUUCAUACUGGUGAAAAACCAUUUGAAUGCUCCAUGUGCCCGCUCAAGUUCGCAACAAAAUCCCAACAAAUAAAACAUGUGAAGUCGCAUCAAACGUCUAAGAAGAAACGACCAGAGAAACAGGAAGUAUUCUUAGUAGAAUCAGUUAAACAUGAUCCUGCAGCAGUUACCGAGAGAGUGAUGUUUAAUAAAGAACACGGAGAACUGAUUACAGUCAAUGAGGCCGCUACAGUAAAGUCCCAGGAAAAUGAACCCAAACAAGAGUUAACAUUCAACAUUGUUCAAGAAGUUCCAUUAGAGGUAACUGGUGAACUUGUAUUACACGAUGACGGUAACUUAAAGACGGAACUUCUAGUAGUUGACAACAGCCAGAAUGAGUAUCAAGAUGAUAGUUUAAAGACAGAACUUUUGGUUGUUGACAACAGUCAGAAUAAUUAUCAAGAGGAUACCUUGAAGACAGAGCUUCUAGUUGUAAACAAUAGCCAAAAUAAUUACCAAGAAGAUAACUUAAAGACAGACCUUCUGGUUUUAAAGAAUAGUCAGAAUGAAUAUCAAGAAGAUAACCUUUUAAAUGCUAACAACGUGAAUAUUAUUGAGAAUGACGGGAACUACGAUGGUGACGUGAACUUGGUGACGCUGAAUGAGGGUGAAGUCAGCAUUUCGACGUCAAACCUCGAAGGAACCACAGUGAAACUGUACCAGUUAGACCAAAGCUUAGUUCAAAUACAUAGCGCAGGCGGACAAGUCACCAUAAGCAAAAUCACUAGCAAAAUGACAGCUAAUUUUUAAAAUAUAUAAAAUACCAUUUAAGACACUAAA